AUAUGGAAAUUGCACAAACGGCAAGUAGACAGCUGCUAGACAAAAAGUGUAUUCUUCUUCUCGUUGGAACAGAAUUUCUCUAGGCCGUAUAUCUAAUAAAAAUUUUAAUUUUCUUAAAAAUAAUUUCCAAAAAGUAAAUAGAAAACUUUCUAUUUGUUUUUCAUCAUAAAAAAAAACUCAAAUAAAAGUUACCACAAUUUAAAUUUGGAGGAGAAGUUUUGUGUGUUUGCAAAAGAGAAUCUAAUCUUUCUAGCUGGAAAAAAAGAAAAAAAUUAAACAUGGCCUAUUCGAAUAAAUUUAUUUAUGCAUCACUGCCAAGAACCCAAAGAGGACAACCAAUUGUGUUGGGCGCCGAUCCAAAGGGAAAGAAUUUCCUCUACACAAAUGGAAAUUCUGUAAUCAUUCGAAACAUUGAGAAUCCAGCAAUUGCUGAUGUUUAUACUGAACAUUCGUGUGCCGUUAAUGUUGCCAAGUAUUCGCCAAGUGGAUUUUACAUUGCGUCUGGCGAUCAAUCCGGAAAGAUUCGUAUUUGGGACACUGUCAAUAAGGAACAUAUUUUGAAAAAUGAAUUCCAACCCAUUGGAGGCCCAAUCAAGGAUAUUGCAUGGUCACCCGAUAACCAGAGAAUUGUCAUUGUUGGUGAGGGUCGUGAACGUUUCGGUCAUGUUUUCAUGACUGAAACUGGAACAUCUGUUGGUGAAAUCAGUGGACAAUCGAAACCGAUCAAUUCAUGUGAUUUCCGCCCAGCCAGACCAUUUAGAAUUGUAACUGGAAGUGAAGAUAAUACAAUUGGUAUUUUCGAAGGACCACCCUUCAAAUUUAAAAUGACCAAAACAGAUCAUUCAAGAUUUGUACAAGCUGUCCGUUACUCACCUAGCGGUCAUUUGUUCGCCUCCGCUGGUUUUGAUGGAAAAGUAUUCAUCUAUGAUGGUGCUACCUCAGAAUUGGUUGGAGAAGUUGGUAGUCCAGCUCAUAAGGGUGGUGUGUAUGCUGUAGCAUGGAAACCAGAUGGUACUCAAUUGCUUACUUGCUCUGGUGAUAAGACUUGUCGCUUAUGGAAUGUUGAAACACGUGAACUUAUCACCGAAUUUGUUAUGGGAACAACUGUUGAUGAUCAACAAGUUUCUUGUUUGUGGCAAGGAGAACAUUUACUUACUGUUUCGUUAUCUGGCAAUAUUAGUUAUUUGGAUGUCAAUGAUCCAACAAAACCACUUCGAGUAAUUAAGGGACACAAUAAACCAAUAACUGUAUUGGGAUUGAGUGAUGAUCGUAGCACUAUCUACACUGGUAGCCACGAUGGUGUUGUGACAAAUUGGAACUCUGGAAGCGGUGUCAAUGAUCGUAUUGGCGGUGCCGGACAUGGCAAUCAGAUCAAUGGCAUUGCUGCAUGGGAAGACUUUGUUUACACCUGCGGUAUUGAUGAUUCCUUGCGAAAGAUCAGUGUCGAAGGAAAUGCUUAUACAGAUUUCGUUGUUAAACUAAACUGCCAACCCCGAGCUCUUACCAUUUUCCGAAAGGAAAAUAUCAUUGCUAUUGCGUGUGUGAAAGAAAUAACUUUGGUUCAAGAUAAUAAAAAAAUAUUUUCGCUCCCAAUCAAAUACGAAGCCAGUUCGAUCACAGCCAAUGCAGAGACAAUGGAAUUGGCUGUUGGAGGAGAUGAUCAAAAAUUGAGAAUAUACUCGUUGAGUGGCAGCUCAUUGGAGUUGAAAACUGAACUCGAACAUUUAGGAGCUGUAACCGAUUGUGUGUAUUCUCCUGAUAAUAAACUUCUUGUGGCUUGUGAUGCCCAUCGUAAGGUUGUGCUGUAUUCUGUUCCUGAAUAUAAGCCUGCUCAUAACAAAGAAUGGGGCUUCCAUAAUGCUCGUGUUAAUACAGUGGCGUUUUCACCAAAUUCACUUCUAGUCGCUAGUGGAUCGUUAGAUACGACUAUCAUCAUUUGGUCUGUAGCAAACCCAUCAAAACAUACUAUUAUUAAAAAUGCCCACCCACAGUCACAAAUUACUCGUUUAGUGUGGUUGGACAAUAACACUGUGAUCUCAACCGGACAAGAUUGCAACACAAAAGUCUGGGAAGUCGAAACUAUUUAAAUAAAAAAAAAAAAAAAAACAUAAAAAUA